UCUUCUUCUUCUUCUUCUUCUUCUUCUUCUUCUUCUUCUUCUUCUUCUUCUUCUUCUUCUUCUUCUUCUUCCUCCUCCUCCUCCUCCUCCUUCUUUUCUCCAUCCCCCAAAACUUUCCUCACCCAUUCAAAUCCUCCAUCAAUUUAUUAACCGUUUACCUAAGGCGUUUGAUUGAAUGAUCAAUGGAUUGAUUUGAUUUGAUUUGAUUAAACAACAGUGGAGCUCAAGGGGAAAGUACUUCGUACCUAGCUUCAUCACCCACCGUCCACCGUAUUUCAAAGGGUCUGAUCUGCAAAUCUUCCUUUCUAGCAUCAACCUUGGUUCGUCUUUCACUGCCUCUCAGAUAGUCACACCAAGACCUCCAGCAAAAAAGAGCUUGUUGUUCAUUAAAUAGUCGGGAAAGCGUAUCAUCCUUUGCCCUUGUGUCCGAGAUUACAAGGAGCCUCUCUCACUUUACCCACGAAACACCGGAUCAUCCCUCCCUCUUCUCCAGUCUAAUAACUUAUUACUCCUGAAGUUCGCGGUAACAGCGUCCACAAUAUACACUCCUUCGGUUCGAUGUCAUACUGAAAGGAAUUUCAGUUACCUAUCACUGGCAUAUCUGCCAAUACAAUCCUUCACAUUCAACAAUUUCAGCAUAUCUGCUUUCCAAUAAUCAUUCAUUCGCCAUGGAUAGUAAUAAUUCAACUUCGGCUCCUCUCGCAGAUUACUUUUGGAUCGCGGGGAUUGAUUCUCUCCAAUAUGGGCCCGAGGUUUUCCCUUCGAACCCAAGAGAUAGAUCAAGCAACAUCAUACAAGCGCCGCCUUCUCCUCAAGUCGAUGCUACAAUAGAAGAAAGUCCUGAAGGUGAAAACUCUCCUCCUCCCAAUAACAAUCGAGCUUCUGCACGACAUUCCCGCAAUAGCUCAUGGAAUCGUCUCAGCAAACAAUCCUCGCACGAAUCGCGAAGCUCAAUAUCCACUCUCGAUGAGCUUGAAGGAACCGCGAGUAAUCGAAGUAGUAUGACCAUUAAAGCUGGUGAAAUUGGUCACAUCAAUGGCAAUGGAAACAGCACUGGCAAUGGCAAUGCAAAUGGCACAAAGACCGAGGGUGGAGGAAUAUUUGGAAAUUUCGAUUUCGAUACAGCCCUACUGAAGUUUGCGAGCGAGCGGGAGAAUUUCCUGGAUGACUUGAGUUUUAGUGCUGGGGCCACAACACAACCUGCACCUCCCAUGACAAAUCCGAGAGCUUCGAGAUUAAGAGUGGAAGAUGCAGAAAAUAUACAUAGGAGAAGUCCGACUUUAAGGAGCGUGGGUGGAAGUAUAAGGAGAAGAAUUAGUUUCAGAGAUCUGAAUAGUGUAAAGAGACAGCCUUCCAUGGCUGGGAGAAGUAUGUCAGUUCGCACUUCGAGGCGCCUUAGCAAUUACAAUUCCGUCAUUCCGCCCCCAGAGCCCCUAAAUCUGGAUCCUGAUAUGCACCCUUUAAAACGACGUUUUGAACCCGUUUUACUCGAUAGAUACCCACCCAAACACGCGACAGAAGAAUUACCGAGGAGAGGUAAAUUUCCCGAUUAUGUCCCUAUGUUUGCCUUUCCAAAUGAUAUCAAUAUUGUUUCUUCGGACGAACGACCGCGAUCAACCUGGCAUGGGUUUGCUAUGACCUCAGAUGACAAUUCCAAAAUAUACGGAAUUACUGUAAUUGUUUGGAAGCCGUUGGAUCAAGAAGCGGCCGGAAAUGUGGAAAGAAGAUGUGAGGCAUGGAGACAAAGUCAUAUGACAAACGAGGAACGAGAACUUGCGGCAAGUCUGGGGGAACGAUUGGCUGCAGAACGUGCACACCUUUCACAAUUGCUAGCAAAGUUGCCCAGUGUUGUAUCUGGCUCAGCCGCUAGAGAACAGUUGGAGGAACAGAUUAGUGCAGUGGAGGAAAAAAUCACUUUGAUGACUGAUAUGCUGAGGCCUGUCAGACACGGCGCAGCAGCCAAAAUUGAAGGAUUGACUGAUGGCGAGACGGGGCUUUGGAUACCUAGGGCAUAUGGAAUUCUUGGCAGAGACGGAAGUAUGACAAGCUUCUGGAAGGAAUGGCUGAAGGCUGUUGUGGUACCAAUGACGGAUGGUGGAAUACUCCGAGUUCCUGCAAGUUCGCCAAAGAUCGGUAGAUGGCAACCCCUGGAGAGAUAUGUUGUCAACCUGUGUACCGAAGCGCUGAGCCCGAUAUCUUCGAAAACUCAAAUUGAAAUUGCAGUACGAGAACUACGACUCUUUGCGCGAAAGGAAGCACCAAAUGAAUUGCCAGAUUCACGAAAUACCGAUAUUUAUGCACUAUUCAGAGCUUUGAGUAUACCCAAUAUUGUUGCUCUGGUAGAAUUUAUGUUGUCCGAAUCUAGGAUCAUUUUACUGUCAUCCCACACAGCUAUGUUACAUCUUGCUAGUAAAGCUUUGGUCAGUCUCCUGUACCCCCUCAAAUGGGCAAGCAUCUUUAUCCCAGUUCUACCAGCUAGAUUGAUCUCUGCGCUGGAAGCACCUUGUCCUUACAUUGUUGGUAUCGAAAGGAGAUAUGAUAAUAUAGAGCUUCCGGAGGACGAUUAUGUUUUCGUGGAUUUGGAUCAAGAUACCGUGGAGUCUACUGCUCCACCUGUUUCGCUACCACGACAACAGCGUCGAAAGCUUGUGUCCCUCUUGCAGCUGGCAGCUCCUCAUCAUAACAGAUGUGGUGUGGAGGUCGCACCACCACCUUAUGCUGUUGAAACCUUUCCUUACGAUGCAUUUUCGUCGGAGAACGAAUCAGUAUUCACACAAAAUGCACCGCCUGGGACUUUGGGUAAGUACGUGAGUCAGAACUCGACAACAUUCGGAGAACCGGAUCCACAAAAGAUGAAGAGACCUUUAGUUUUCAAUGCAUUCUUGCAGUCGAAGAAUGACCACACGCGUGUUGAGCGUCCAUCGACUAGCGUGUCAAGUAAAACCAGUCCACCAACAUCGUUAUCGCCUGUAUCUGGUCACUGUCCACCAAUGCCUACAACUCCUAUCUCUCGAAACGAUUCUGGGUUUGCUCUGACGGCCACUUUAAGAGAGAAGAGAUCUGGCCACUUCGAUACAAACUCGAGACGUAGUUCCUCAUUUGGUCUAGAGCGACAACCGACACUUCGUAGACCCAGUGCACCAUUUGUCAAUGGUCAUUCGGCUAGUCUUUCCACUUCUGCCGUUUCCAUUGGCGAUAGCAACUCUAUGCAUGGUUAUGCACCGUCUGCUUAUGCACCAUCCGCCUAUGCGGCCUCAACUAUCGCUGCUUCAACAAUCAUGCCUAACAUGCUCAUGCAACCAGUUCUCAAUACGGAGACAACAAUAUGGGUAGAAGGACAUUGCUUUGUUUAUAAUGCCAACGACAUGGGAUCUGUAUGCUCCAUAUGUGACGAGAGGGCAGAGGACGAUGGCAUGUACACCUGCAAUGCUUGUAGCACGGUAUCACAUGGCCGUUGCUUAGGUUGGUGCUCACUUGUCUGUCCAGCCGCCUUCCAUGCAGAUCGUGUACGUGCAGCUUUUGUUCGAUGUUUCGCGAAUUUGUUCUACACUUACAGAAAACAUCUUGGUCGGCCAUCGAAAGAACAAAAGUCAUCUGGACAAUUAUAUGGUUUUGAUUUAGCUGCAUUCAAAAAGAGUCUCCCAAGUGAUCAACAAGAAUACAUUGUAAUGUUGGAGCAAACACAAGCAUUCAAUGAAUUCAUUCAUGAACGAGAAACUAAGCAGUCAAACGAUCGGGAUAUUCAGUUAUUCGACUCGAUCAUUCAAGCGAAGAAGUCCAGAGGACGCGCAUCAUUCUUCUCUUCGAAAGCUUCACUUCGACCCAGUUUCCUCGAGGAUACAUCAGAUCACUUAUGGCGCUCCGCAUUAGUUCCGGUACCUAGAGAUGCUAAAUUUCCUGGUGAUUAUAAGACGAUUGUCUCUAGAAUUCCAGCACAAUUGGAUAUUGGAUUGAUGAAAGAGCCACGCAGUGUUGCAGGAGUGCCACGUAUGGACAUGCCAGGAAAAAGAGUAGGCCGUAAAGCAGUUCCAAGCAUGCUUGGUGGUAGAGGAAUUUGAGUAUGAAUAAAUGGAAAAAAUGGUUGCAUACGAGAAAGAUAUGAGACGAGGCCGAUGGAUCCGAUAUUACGAUGGAAAGAUUACAGAUAAUUACACGCCCGAUUAUAAUUCAAAGGAAAGAACACGAAAGACAGGGAAAGAGGAGAAGAAAGCGAGUCGAUAAUAAAUUUUCAAUGCAAGAUGCGAGCGAGAUGUGUAAGAUAUCCAAGCGAGGAGUUUAAAAGAUUUUUUUUUGAUGUUUUGCGGUUGAUUCUCUUCACAAGUCCAUGGAGCGAGAGCCUAGUGGCGAAAUGCAUAGGGUGGGUAGGAAUGGGUGGAUGGAUGGAUAUCUGUGUGGUGUAAAUAGGUGUUGGAGUGGAAAGCAAACUUUUUGUUUUAAUUGAUUUUUGGGGCGGAGUGGGUAGAUUGUCCGCUGGGACGAGAGAUGGGAAUUAAUAUUGGGGAGAAGCUGGGGAAAUAAAGGGGCAAGAGGGGAAGAGGAAAGACGAGUUGUUGUGUUGGAUUGCGAAUUGGACUCAAUGGCUGGAUGGAUGAACGUCGUGUUGGGAUAUGAUAUGAUUCUGAGUGGUUCAUUGGUUGAUUGCAUUAUAUUUUGCCAGCUUGCAUUGUGCUCUCGAAAGCUUGCUCAAUACAUAGAUAAUCAUGCGUCGAGGCAAGGGAGGGAGAGAACAGAAAAAUAUGGCGGAUGACGAGAUGCGAGGUUGGGUGAUUAUAAUGAUGAGGUGUCGUGGAUGAAGAGAGCUGGAGAGGAUAUUAGAGGAGUUGAGACGAGAUCUGAUGAGGGGUAUGGAUGAGAUGGUGAAGCGAGAGAUAGAGAAGCAAAUGUACAGAGAUACAGAUACAGAGAGAGAUAAUAAUAGCGAUACAGCAAUACAUCGAGAUGCCAAGAAAGAAAGAGAGUAUCAAUUCAAUUUUCAAUGCA